AUGUCACACUUCUUCUACUUGGCUCCAGAAAUUCUGCUUCCCUUUAGCCCUCUCACUUCGAAAGAGUUCGAAAUGAUCAGACGCAAGGCCCGAGAACUGUGGCAGGAGGAGACUCAGUGGUCCGCUUCUUCAGUGACAACCUACUCGGGCAGUUACCGGCAAAAGCAACUGGAUGAGGCCACGUGCAACCGACUGGCUCAAAGAGCAGGCCAGCAACAGUUUGAGUACAAACAGACACCAUUGCUGGGUAGCUCUGCCUCCAUCACUCUACCGGGCCAGGCUGGUUCCCAAGAGGCCGCAGAUGGCAAAGGUUAG